AUGAAUAUUCCCCCUCGUUUGACCAUCGUGCCCAACGACCAGGCCUGCAAUGCGUCAAUGUAUACUUUAGACACCGUACACUACAGCGACGAUGAUCGCGCAAGUGACGAUAGGUCUCCCCUGCUUGCACCUGCCACCCCAGAUUACGGCGCGACUUUCCCUCGUUCACCCGCUCAACCUUCGUCAACCAAAGUCAUUCUCAAUGCCACCCUUAAGAUGGCGUGCAUAUUCGCCAUCAGUACCAUCCUUCUUGGUGGUACACUGUGGUUGGCGCUCCCAACCCUUGAGGAAGCAGACCGUCCACUUUUGCGCAUUCCAAAGUCCUUCGCGCAACUACAAGAUUUAAAUGGUCUGUUAAAAAAGUAUCGUGACAUUUACCCAUACCGGAUCUUGAUAUGUUAUGUGAUAACAUACCUAUUCCUCCAAGCCUUUUCCCUUCCGGGCUCGAUGUAUCUAUCCAUUCUUGGGGGUGCCGUAUGGGGCGUUGCGCGUGCCCUGCCUCUUGUCUGUUGCUGCGUCGCUUCAGGUGCAACACUCUGCUACCUUAUUUCAGCUGCUCUCGGGCCUGCUCUUCUCACACUUCCAAAGUGGAAGGCUAUCAUGGACAAAUGGGCAAUCAAAAUUAAAGAAAACAAGGAGAACAUGAUAUCUUUUCUCAUCGUGCUGCGUAUCGCCCCACUUCCGCCGCACUGGGUUGUCAAUGUUGUAUGCCCUCAUGUUGGUAUUGGCGUCGUCCCAUUUUGGAUUAGCACGGCUCUAGGAAUCCUAGGCGUUAGCGUGAUACACACAACGAUUGGAGGUGGGCUAGAUGAGAUGACAAGCGCGGAUGAUUUCCACCUAAUCAGCUGGCGGAAUUUCUUCGGACUAGCAGCGGUCGUAAUUGGUGUAAUGAUCCCUGUGGGGUUGCGCUACUGGUUCAGGAGGGAGGUUGAUAGCGUAGCUGAUGGAGAGGGUGCUCUGACGCUGGGCGGGGAUGAGCAAAGCGGAGAUGAGGAAGAUCAGAUUUUAGCGGUGGGUCCGCCAAGAACGGAGCACGCAAAGAGACAAGCUCUACUUUUCACAGACGAAGAUGACCGUUACAGCUUUGAGGAUGACGACGGCGAUAUCAUCCUUGAAGCUGGACCUGACGUUGUGAGGAAAGGAAGUAACGCUGCCAGCUCAAGUAGCAGUCAUCCGUAG